AUGGAAGAGGAACUAGACCUCGAUAUUUCAAAUGGGACGUGCUACUAUGGCCCAGAUAAGCAAGCUCACGACGAUUACAUACCUUGUGGUAACGUCGCCGCCCAUCAUUGGCAUUGUUGUGUCGGAGGGGAUAUCUGCUUAGAGGAGCUGGCAUGCUACCAGAGGAAAUCCGGCUGUACUGACCCGGAUUACAACGAUUCGGCAUGCUUCCAAAAACAACAGUUCGACGACCAGCAAUACGUAGGGCUUGUGCGUUGUGACGGAUUAGAUGCUGAUGUAUGGGUGGGAUGCACCGAGACGGAUAAAGUGGUCGGCGAGAAGACGCCAGCUCCGUGUACGUGUACCGACGAUGACGACCGCCUUUUCAGAGAUAAGACAAGGAUAGAGGGUCUCGGACAGCUUCCGACGAGUAUCAGCGGCACAAUUUCGUGGUAUAGUGGCAUGGGGCCAAGAUGGACGGUAGUAGGCACCGCUGCGACAGAUCCAGCAAUGAUCAUCUGGCCAACAGCUGAUGAACUAACGACGGUCGGGCCAGUAGUAUUGUCAACCUCAACAUCAACUUCAACGUCGACAUCUACCUUAACAUCAGCAUCAGCAUCAACCCCAGAAUCGACACCAACACCAUCGUUUACUAUAGAUCCAGACCCAAGUUGGGACCCACCUAGUACCCCAUUCUCAACAACAUCCUCAUCGAGCGGUAGCCCCGUCAUCAUCCCUCCCACAACCGAACCCGAUCCGUCAACCGCAACCACCACAUCCGGGCCAACCCUCUCCAAAGGAACACAAGCCGGCAUCGCAGUCGGUUCAGCCGGCGGUGCCCUACUCAUCGGGUGCCUCGUAUACCUCUUCUACUACCUACGCAAGCGGCGCAACAAACCUCCCCAUAACGGCAUAGGCGAAGCCGGUUCCUCAAGCGACAACCCCCAAACCUUUCUCUCAGCUCCGACACAACAGGCGUUCUACUCACCAAACAAUCACAGUCUAGCCGCCGCGAACGAUCAACCGGCUACCGUCGGACCUAUGCGAGAUGAUAAUUAUAACUCCGCGGUUGCGACCGUGAGGCGGGAACCUGUACGGCGCGAGAGUAGUACAUUGAACGCGCCGUCGAGCAUUUCGCAGGGCUCUAGGUCACCAUUGUCACCUUCGUCGCAGUUUCACGCGUAUAAUCCGCUAGUACAUGGGAAUUACGCCGAGGGGCGUGAUAUGGUUUCGCCGAUGAGUCCUGGUGCUACUACCAUGACUGGGAGUGGGGUUGGGACGCCGGGGGGAGGAGUAGAGAAGGAUAAGGAAAAGGAUUCGGCGCCAGCGGUUAUCCAUGAGCUGGAGGGUUGA